ACCUUACUGUACAUGAUGCCAGUGUAUGGGGUUAUAACCUUACUGUACAGGAUGUCUGUGUAUGGGGUUAUAACCUUACUGUACAGGAUGUCUGUGCAUAGGGGUUAUAACCUUACUGUACAGGAUGCUCAACCUCUCAUCGGUCCAGAUGGCAAAGGGAUUGUAGCCCUGAUUGCUUUACUGUGUGAUUGCUGGUUUUUCCGUUCAGUCUUCAGAACAAUCAAUCAAACCUCUGUCAUCCCUCGUACACUGGAAGUGUGAAGCUGUGGAUGAAUGAUAUGUAUCAGCGUUGUGUUGUUUUUUUUUUUUUUUUUAGGGUGCUCAAAGGUCAUUUUACAGGAAGUGUUAAACCCAGAGUGUUCAUGAUAGGCCACACCUGUUUAUAAAAACCAGAACAGGUGGUCGUGCCUCAAAAGGAACAUCCUGUGAAAUGUAAAAAUGAUUUUUUUUCCCCUUCUGGAUUUAAUAUGGAAGUUUCCUGACAAUAAAAUUCCAACAAAAAAAAAAAAAUUAAUUUCAACUUCCAUUUAAAUGUAUUAUAAACAUGACUUGGAUUAUGGAUUAUAAUGAUUGCCUGCUGCUACCGACUAGGGAUAUAAUCUUGUAUAGGGGUUCCUGAGUGGUGCAACCAGCUACUUGUACACGCACAGAUACUGUAUAGCUAUUCCUGUACUUUCUUUAUUUUGCACUUCAUAAAUGUACAUGUCAUUUCAAGUUUCAGUUAAGCCAUGAAGAUGCACAGUUUAACAAAGCAUAAUUAUUGUAUUUGCAUAGCAAAGAAGAAUAAUAAAAGUAUUUUUUAUUUGAUACAUACAUUGUGAAUAGCAUGCAUGCACACACACUCACUCGAACACAUACUCCAGGAGCGUGAAAAUUUAUAAUCACUUAUCUGUAUUUGUAUUGCAUAAUACUGGCUAUCUGAAAUGGAUUCAUCCAAACACAACUUCAUGGCACAGUAGGCCUAUCAACUAUUGUGUAUAAAUUUCUAGAGCUGUCCAUUUUGCUGGAAGAUAUGCAUGACACAUUCACGUAUCUGUCAGCAAAAUGGACAGCUCCACUGGCUGUAGCCUGGCCAUAGCAUUUUAAACGUUUUUAUUAUUUAUUAAUUUAUUAAUCUGAGGAUAUACGCCACAGCUAUAUAUCCCACAGCUAUUCAAAUCUUGUAUAAGUAGCUGUAGUGUUGCCCAGCAGCUGCUUUUUCAGUUCAAGUUUCUGUGCUGAUAUUUACAGGUUAUUGUGUUGCAAAAGAAAUUUUGGACAAUCUAAAUCUCACCUUGCAGCUAGUGAUGAUGAUGAUGAUGUCAUUCAUUUAAGGUCUCUGCUGACAGGGAGAAGGUUGAAUAUCUUAGCUCUGCACACACUUUACAGUAGUUUUACUCUGCUAUUUCCUCCGGUUUAAAUUAUGGAAGCAUCCAUAAACAGACACAAUAUUAUAUAAAAUGGCUUUUGCGAUGACCUGACACUUCAGCAGUAUGGUUAUUCUGUUAGCCCCAUCAGGAUUAUAUUCCUACAGUGAUUCCACCUUCCUCAAUAACCAGCUUGAGUAUCUAGAAUAUUCAAUUCCAGGCCAGAUGCAUCAAUCCUUCAUGCAAACAGCUCAGUUUGUUUUCACGCCAAAACAAUGUUUUAUUAAAAACAUGACUAAGGUGCUUAGCCGUGGCUUUGCAUCUGAUAUUAAUUUAUAAUUUUACAUUGCCACAGCAGGAGGAGAAAGGAUGUAUAUAUAAAUUCUUAUCAUCUGAGUUUGAAGCCGUGGGUCUAGGGCAGCAAACCCUCUUCCAUUGAAAUGUGAAAAUGUGUACACUGUUGAGAGAAAAUGUUCACUGCAAAUGUCACUUUCCCUGUGGGUCAAAAGCCUCCCAGAAAACACUGAAAUAUUAUAGAGUACAUACAGAUUUCAUUUUCUGCUUUAUACGCAAUGAUGUACACACUAUUUUGGAUUGAUACACACACACCCACACACACACACACACAAACUAUCUUUAGAAAUAUAUAUUAUAUAUAUUAUUUUCUAAAGAAUUUCCUGCCUUGUUAGAUAUUGUAUCAGCUACAUUUUAUGAUGGAAAUGAUAAGUAAAUAAGCCAAGACAGGAUCUGUUUUCUCUGAACAUCUGUCGUCCCCAAAGCACAUUACCCAAAGCACAUUCACUUUUACAGAAGGCAGCAUAGCAUAACCCACAAUACUGAAAAUUCACCCCGCAAUGACUUCUGCAUUACAUUUGCUUAAAAAAGGGGUGAGACACAGAGGCUUGAGGGAGAGAGAGAGAGAGAGAGUAGCAUGGAGGAGUACGAGUGGUGAGUAAGGGGAGAUAGAAAGGGAGGGUGAGAGAGGGAGGGAGAGAGAGAGUGGCAUGGAGGAGUUUGAGUGAGGGAAGAUAGAAAGGGAGGGUGAGAGGGAGAUAGGGAGAGAAAGAGAUAGAGAGUGAGAGGAGGUGGGGAAACAGGAGAGAGACCAAAGGAAGGAAAACUCAGAGGUAAAGUGAGAGAGUGAGAGAGAGAGAGAGAGAGAGAGAAAGGAAAACUCAGAGGUAGAGUAAGAGAGUGGGCAGUGAAGGCAAGAGCAGCUGUGCAUUCGGUGGACAGAUGAGGGGUCUGGGAUAAAGGUUCACAGCCUGCCACACUGCACUGCCAGGGAAGGGAGAGGGAAAGCACGGAAAACAGCCUGCGAUCAUGCGCCACUGAGGAGGCCGGCGGACCCGCCUCCCGCCCGCCCCGGCCAUGAAGAUCGCCCGGCAGCGCAGGGCCUACCUGGCCCUCGCCCUCAACAUGGUGGCGCUGACGUUCGCCGUGUCCGCGGUGAGCACCAGCUACUGGUGCGAGGGCACGCGGAAGGUGGUGAAGCCCUUCUGCGCGGGCCCCGUCACGGUGAAGCAGACCUACUGCAUCCGCUUCAACAGCUCCAACCUCAACGACAGCCGGCUGGUGCAGUACAUCUGGGAGACGGGCGAGGACAAGUUCAUCAUGCGCAAGUUCCACACGGGCAUCUGGGUGUCCUGCGAGCAGAGCGUGAACAUGAUCGGAUUUACCUGUCGGAAUUUUUUAGAAAUUGCACCUGCGCAUGAAAGAGGGGUCCUGUGGCUGUGCAUCGUGGCGGAAUGCCUGUACAUCAGCCUGCUGUCCAUGGGCGGGGUCCUCAUGUGUGCCGAAAUGUGCUGCCGCUGCGACCUCAUGAACGGACUCAAGAUGAACGCCUUCGCCGCGGUAUUCACCGCCCUGUCCGGCCUGUUGGGGAUGGUAGCGCACAUGAUGUUCACCACGAUCUUCCAGCUGAGCGUGAGUCUGGGCCCGGAAGACUGGAGGCCGAAGACCUGGGAUUACAGCUGGUCCUACCUCUUGGCGUGGAGCUCGUUCGCCGCCUGCAUGGCCUCCGCGGUGACGACGCUCAACCGCUACACGAAGACGAUCAUCGAGUUCCGGCGCAAGCGGCGGGUCCUGGAGAAGCACCUGAGGCUGGAGGAGAAGCUGCUGGAGCUCCACUCCCCGGCGCAGCUGUGGGACGUGUACAUAAGCACCGCCCCGGCCACCACCGAGGACCUUCCGGAGCCUUCCGGCAAGCCGCCAGGAGACUCCGUCGUCCUGGAGGUCGGGGAUAAGCCAGAUGUUCCCGAGACUCGGCCUGAGGAACACUGCUGAUCCCGCCUCCCCAGAAUUUUGACUCAUUGACCCUCUUUUCCGAAACUGAUCAGUGUCAGUACUGCAUUGCAGUAGCUGGGAUUCGUUUUUUGCUUUGCAUGGUCUUAACGUGAAGGUGACCCAUGAUGAACCAGUUUAACAAGGAAACUCCUUUAAUCUGAUGUGCUGAUCUUCACCAUAGGAAAUUCUUUCCCUGCUGACUUUCAUGCUUUUGAAUCUGAAAACUUGCAGGCCUGAUAUUUGAUAUAGCCAACUAGAAACAAUUUUGGGUACGUUGCCUCACACAGACUUCAAAGGUACUGUACUUGCACCUGUGCCUUUAUACCUGUCUGCCCCAUCUCUAAACUGACCCACAGCAACCAAGCGUUCAUCCUCAGUACAUAAGGGUACAGAGGGGGUUGCCUUGGAAGACAAGCUUAUUAUGUUUCUCAGCAAUACUGUAAAUGCAGUUACACCUACACAUCAUAUAGGCUAAUAGGCUAGGCCUCUGUCAUUAGACUUCUGGCUUCUAUAGUUUCCAGUGUUUAGGUCUAGCUUUUAGCUUGUAGUUAGACAACCUGGUGUAUUCCCAAGCUUUCUCAGCACAUUAAUUGUAACAUGGAACAUUCCAAACUAAAAAGUAA